AUGGAUGACCCUCACGCGACGCGACAGGAUCUUUUGACGAGGUGCGACACAGAUGGAGUGGCAGGUCUGCGCAAAGUGGCGUGUUGUAUCCGUGGCGAGACGACGCACGACGGACACGGCGGCAAGCUGGGCCUGCUCACCCUCGACCCGGACCAUGCGCCCCAUGUGCGCGUCGAGAAUGCCGAGUGGGGCCUGGACCGUCUCCAAAAGAUCGAGGUCGUGUACGACGAGCAAAGGGACGCCUAUCGACUUCUGAUGGCGGCCAAUCCCCACCUCGGCCUGUGCUGCCAACCGGACCGCCGAGCCGAGUGGGACACGCCUAGGAGACGUCAGAGCAGGACCGGCAAGGACCUAAGCCUCGGCGAGCAUCCGAGUUGGUUCAAGAUCGAAUGCGAGGCCUGCGACGAGCACAGCUGCUGGUACACUAUCCGACCGCUGAUGGAUCAGGAACAGGAGUGCAAGAAAGCCGGACCGACGGAAGCGGCAGCGGUGCCCGUCUGGAACGAUCGUGGCGAUGUCGAUAACAGCCAGAGCGGGCCGGCUGCGAGGCCGCCGGCGUCGGCGGUUCGAGGAGCGCUGGGCGAAUGGAACGUGACGCCCAUCAAGGACUCGCACUUUCCGCCACCCUACCCCGUUCACCUCAUCUGGCGAUCUUGCGAGCGUCAAGCUCCCACCUGGUGCUUUAUGAGGAUCUGA